CGAGAAGGCCGAGGUUACGGGAAAGGGGGCAACUAGGCAGGGAGGCAUAUUCAGAUCAAUCUCGUAUCGACUACCCUGUACCCCCUCUCUUCUGAGCUUCUGCCUACCUUGCCAACGACUCGGCUUGGCACACGGAUCAGCGUCGGGCAAGGGACCUCUUGACAUCAUCAUCAUGGUCGAACCCAACAUCAAGAUGUCAAACAUGACCCGUCGAGGUUCAGGAUCUCCGAGGGAAUCUAAAGACUGGACGACCAUGACUGCGAUCGACCCCGAACGAAGAGGAUCAGGUGUGAACCCCGAAAUGGCCGGAUUGAUGGCUCCUCUGAGCGAUCGGGACUCUGGCACACCAUCCCACGACCACCAUAGCGACCCUCUUUUGAAUGCAUGGGGACGCAGAACAGGAGGAGCCGAGGCUACAGCUCAAGGGCGGUUCAAUCAGUUCAGCUUUCCGACAUCACGGACGAGUUCCAAUGCGCCGUCCGGCCGGUUCUCGAUGAUCUUGCAGUCCAAGCUUUUCCGAAACAUCGCAGUCCUCACGACCUCUCUGCUAUUGAUACUCUCGGUACUGCAUACGACCAAACCCGAGGUGCUAGGCAGCGGCCUUAAGUACAUGUCGAACCUUCCAGGACUUUCACGACUAGCUCAACAGGAGAUCAGAUCGUUGGACGAGCGGUUGAGGGAUCUGAUGACUCGACCAGUCUUGGAGCAGUGGGAGCUGGAGUUGACGAAUCGGUAUCAGUGCCCAAUGUACACAUACUCCAGGAUGACUUACUUCUUCCAUGAAGGAAAGGAAGAGCAGUGGAAAUCGAUCGGCCGGGAUGACAUUCGAAAGUACCGGAACAAGAUGAUCUCCCACCUGAAAGAGGUGGAGGAGAGCGGCGAGCCUCUGGUUUGGACACCUGCACUUGGGGGUCCUUAUAAGCGGGGUAUCAUCCUCACUGGAGGAGAAGGCUCCACUAUUCCUCGUCUGCAUAUACUGCUCAAGAUGCUGCGAAAGACGCUCGGAUGCACCCUACCUAUCGAGAUCUAUCAUUUCCCCGACGAGAUGGAGGACGAAGCUGUCAGGAACGAGCUGAUCGCAUGGGGCGAUGUCAGCGUCGUCAAGCUGGGAGCCAAGACUUUCAACGGAGAGAAGAAUUGGCAUAUCAAGAAUGCCGCCUUCAUUCAGUCCGAAUUUACCGAAUUUGUUUACAUGGACAGCGACAACAUCCCGCUCGUCGAUCCCGCUGAGCAUUUCGAAUCGGUCGAGUUCAAGGAGAACCGAUCCGUCUUCUGGCCCGACCUGAACAAAGAUCACCCCGACAACGCAAUCUGGCGUAUCUUGGGGAGACCGUGCUCGGAUGAGCACUGGCCCGCGGAAGCCGGUCAGGUCGUUUAUGACAAGCGAGGCAACAACGGUCUAAAUUUGGCAGUCUUGCACCUGGCGAACCACAUGAUGACUAGUCCCGAUCUUUACGGAUUUCUGGGAUACGGUGACAAGGAUACUUUCCGGUGGAGCUUUUACGCUUUGGGUCUACCUUACCAACAAGCUCCCAGACAAUUCGCCAGUACAGGAGGAUUCCAGCGUCAAGGUGGAGAGCCCGAUCCUAGCUACUUUUGUGGACACAGCAUGCUUCACUGGGGUCUCACGCCUCAGAACAAGCGAAAUGACCCAUCGUAUCACCCUCCACCCGCUUUCUUGCAUACCAUCCUGUCAAAGCACCGCAAGAACCUCGAUCCCGCCAAGCUGUGGUCACACGUUCGGAAACCCCGCUUGGAUGGCAUCUCGGAACCUACCCUAACCCGGACGCUCUACGAGUUUACGGGAGACUGCUUCGCCAUCACGCUCAAGGGGCCGGAUGGACUACCGAACAGCACGAACUCGAUGAGGGAUUACCAGGGCGUGUUGACUGAACCGCUGUCGACGGUCUUUGGGCCCAAUGGAGAGACGGACGAAAUUUACCUAGCUUUAAUGGACAUUGCUCCGACGUUUGUUGCUAUCGCAUAGGUUAGAGCCGUACUUUGAUUUCGAUUCUCGGUUUCG